AUGGGAGGAUCCAGAAGGAGGCCGGCUCCUGUGUAGUGUAUAUUUAUCUGUAAGUGAGCUGUUGGGGAAGGAAUUAAAUACAGAGACGCUGUCUGCCUGCUGCCUGAAGACAGCUAGCUCCGUCGCUUUAACUUUUAAAAUACCCAGCUCGUUUUCUUUUUCUCAGAAUCGUUGUACGGCUAAGACUGGGGACGCUGUUUUCCUUUACAAAGGGAAAUCUAAGUUCAUUGCGAGGCUUUCGAAAUGGGGAAAGACUAUUAUUGCAUUUUGGGAAUUGAAAAAGGAGCUUCAGAUGACGAUAUUAAGAAGGCUUACCGAAAACAAGCCCUCAAAUUUCAUCCGGACAAGAACAAAUCUCCUCAGGCAGAAGAAAAAUUUAAAGAGGUCGCAGAAGCUUAUGAAGUGUUGAGUGAUCCUAAAAAGAGAGAAAUCUAUGAUCAGUAUGGGGAGGAAGGGCUGAAAGGAGGAGCGGGAGGGACUGAUGGACAAGGAGGUACCUUCCGAUACACGUUUCAUGGAGAUCCUCAUGCCACAUUUGCUGCGUUUUUCGGCGGUUCCAAUCCCUUUGAAAUUUUCUUUGGAAGACGGAUGGGUGGUGGGAGAGAUUCUGAAGAAAUGGAAAUUGAUGGAGAUCCUUUUAGUGCCUUUGGAUUCAGCAUGAAUGGUUAUCCCAGAGACAGAAAUUCUGUGGGGCCGUCCCGCCUCAAGCAAGAUCCUCCAGUUAUUCGUGAACUUAGAGUAUCACUUGAAGAAAUAUACAGUGGUUGUACCAAACGGAUGAAGAUUUCUCGUAAAAGGUUGAACCCUGAUGGAAGGAGUUACAGAUCCGAGGACAAAAUUCUCACCAUUGAGAUUAAAAAGGGGUGGAAAGAAGGCACCAAAAUUACUUUUCCAAGAGAAGGAGAUGAAACACCAAAUAGUAUUCCAGCAGACAUUGUUUUCAUUAUUAAAGACAAAGAGCACCCCAAAUUUAAAAGAGAUGGAUCAAAUAUAAUUUAUACUGCUAAAGUUAGUUUACGGGAGGCAUUAUGUGGCUGCUCAAUUAAUGUUCCAACAAUGGAUGGAAGAACCAUCCCUAUGUCAAUAAAUGAUAUUGUGAAGCCUGGAAUGAGGAGAAGAAUUAUUGGAUAUGGGCUGCCAUUUCCAAAAAAUCCUGACCAGCGUGGUGAUCUUCUAAUAGAAUUUGAUGUGUCUUUCCCCGAUACUAUUUCCUCGUCAUCCAAAGAAGUACUUAGGAAACAUCUUCCUGCCUCAUAGAAUGAAGAACUUUGUUACCCAUAUUUUGAUAAGGCACUGAAAAUAUAAAAGGACUGGCAGUUUACUGAUGUAGGUGUGAAUUCUGUAUAAAGAUGUGCAAAUUCUUUUGAGGGCUCAUUUCAUUGCAGUGCAUGAAUAGAGAUGGGUCAAAUAAAUAGGGCAAAAAGGAUUUUUACAGUUGGUGAUGAGGAGAAAACUGCUCACUCCAUUUUAUUUCAUUUCUCCCAAAUCAGAAAUUUUCAGCCUUUUACUUACAAGUAAAAGUCUUUGUGAAGUUGGUAGAUAUGUUUCUGAUAAAGUACUAGACUAUCCAAGUACUUUAUUCCUUAUAUCAUUGGGUGAUUAUUUUGAUAAGCUCCCAUUUAUGAUGGAAAUUAAAAUUCUUAACUAAGCAAUACAUGCAACAUGUAUUUCUAGAAGAGAUUAAAACCCCACUCAUUUGGGCAUGUGGUUAUUUAAACCACCUGAAGUGCUGCUAUGGGGCUGUUAAUUGUAAAAGAAUAUCCUGAUGCAUAUGUUUCAACAUUUUGGUUUUAAAAUAUGCUAUGCCAUUUCUUCUGUCAUACUGUUCUUAAAACAGACCUUUAUUUCAUUAAAAAAAAUUAAUUGCAGUUUAUCUCUUGUGAAAAUCCCAAUUGCCCGAAUUACUGAUAUUUUAGAAAUAGUCUCUUUAUAAAAUGCCAUAUGUAAUUUUAUGCAAGUUAACUAUAUAUCUUGGACUUAAUAACUUAUAGGUUCAUUUUGUUGUUCACUAGUUUAAAAUAAAUUUGUUUAAUAAUAAAUAUGUUUUUAGAGGAUAUACUGUUUCUUGGAAUUAAUUUUCCAAUUACACAGUCUUCUAUAGCUUAUUCAUGAUAAACUACAUGUACCUUAAAUAAUUUCUCUAAAAAGAAUAAACUACCACUAUGGUUUUCACCAAAAUAUGGGGAAUAGACACACUAACUGCUGCUUAUGGAUAAUGUUGCAACUACUUGUUAUGCCUAAAAUAUUUUACUUUUUCAUAUGUAUAGAUUGCAUUUCUUAGGUGUUUUAAUUUUUUAAAUAUACUCACAUUUAAAAAGUAUUUUGCUUUGUUUUCUGUUUUUAACUGUAUUGAGAAUGCUGUUUUAAAACAAAACUUUUGGUUAAAAACUAAGGAUGAUUUGUAUUUGUACACAUAAAUACACACGUAACAGUUCCUGUCACCUUAUACAAUGUGAAACCUUCACUUAAAAAUUCAAUAUGAAUAGGUUGUUAUAUUUGUAUAAUAACAUACUUCAAAACAUUCAUGUAAAAUGGAUUUAAAACAUAAUGUAAGGGCAGGGUUUUGGCUCACUGGUUUACAUGCCAAUUAGGUUGCCUGUAUCCCGUAUCAGAGUAGCUGCAUUUGAUCCUCAGUUCUGGUUGCUUACUUCAGCUUCCUUCCAGUUCAGACUCUGAGAGGUAGCUGGUGAUAAGCCAGUUGCUUAGAUCCCUGCCACCUGCAUGGCAGGCCAAAUGAGUUCUCUGAUCCUGGCUUCAGCCUGUACCAGCCCAGGCUCUUGUGGGCAAUCAUGGAGUGAACCAGGGAUGGAAGAUCUGUCUGCCUGCCUCUCAAGAAAAUAAAUGAUUUAAAACAGAUGAUGUUAAUUGUCUAUGAUCUCUUUAAAGAAGCAUCAUACUUUAAAGCUUUAUUUAGGUAGAACUCAUAUACCACAAAGGUUACCUUGCAUUGUACUCCAGUGAUUUUACUACGUUCUCAGAAUUGUGCAGUCAUCAGCACUUUUAGUUCUGGAAUAUUUUUACCACUCCCAAAACAAACUCCUAUAUCCAUGAGCAGUCAUUCCCUAAUCUUCCCUUUUUCUAGCUCUGGCAAACAUUAAUCUUUAUAUCUGAUGGUUCUGUAUUUGGACAUUUCGUACAAAUGAGAUCAAGCAGUAAUGUGGCUGUUUCGGCUGACAGUUUCAGGGUUCAUCCAUAUUGGAUCUUAUUUCAUUUUUUUUCUUUUUAUAGCAAACAUUAUAUUACAUGGGUAGUACACAUUUUGUCUACUUCUCCAUUGAAUUAGAUAUUUGUAUUAUUUCCAUUUAUUGGCUAUUAUGAAUAAUUCCUUUAUGAACAAAUUUGUGUGGGCAGAACUUCAGCUCUCUUGGGUAUAUAUGUAAGGGUGAAAUUUUUGGAAAUAUCUAUAUACUUCAGUUUUGAAAUGUUUGAAAAA